GACUAAUACUUUUGUACUCUAUGACUCCUGAUUUACGGCGGCGGUUGGGAAAAUAAGGAAUGUUUUUUUUUUUUCUCAAAAUAAUGUAAAAAUAUAUUUGCAGGAUUAUAUUUAAUAUUGUGACCAUCUUACAAUGUUGUCCAGUUUUUUAGAAAAGUUUUCAAGGAAAGGAACCACUGUUGUAAACUGUUGGUUUUGUAAUAAGGACACGCUUGUGCCAUUUGGGAAUAAGAAUUGUUUUGACUGCCCCAGUUGUGAUCAAUAUAAUGGAUUUACUCGGGAUGGAAGCUACAACAAAGUUAUCCCCGCCCAGCGGAACGAGUUGUUGAACCACCCGGUAGCUGCGGCCAACCAGGCACCAGGCACCGGUGCGCUCGGACCGAAGGCGGGCGGCAGCCUGUGCCCGGAGUGCAACAGCGCGCAACAGGAGAAAGUGAACAAGCUGGCAGCGUUUUCUCCAUCCAAACCGUCCCGUUAUGAUGUAGAAAUUGAAGAGUACAGGUGGCAGCUGGAGCGAAGGUAUCCUCUGUGUUGGCACUGCGAGAAGGUGGUUCAGCAGGUGCUGCUGCGGCAGAAGUCCACGCUUCUGGGGCUGAAGAACAAGCUGUGCGGUAACAAGGUGAGCGUCGGGCCGCCGCGGCCGCGCGGGCGGUGGUUCCCGGGCGUGAUACCCCUGGCGCUGGCCACGUGGCUCGUCCUGGCCUCGGCCUUCGGCGACGAGGAGCCGUUCCUGCCGUGGCCGUUCCAGGGGGCGUGGCGCGUCCUGCCGCCGGCCGUGCUACGGGCCGUGGCGCACUCCGAGGCCCUUCUCACCCUUGCGGCCGUGCUGGCGCAGGCCGCUUUGUUCGUGCGCGGUGGUGCGGCGACCUUGGAGGGUGUCGGUUGCCUGGUGCUCUUUCUGCAGCUCCACGCGCUGUGUUGGCUCAGGCCGUGGUUCUCAGCUGAUCUGCAGUACCAUGCCGUCCAGGUGGUAACCUGUGUCGUAAUCUUGUCCGUGAAACUUUUGAGACAAUUGCAGAGCAGAAGAAAGAAACGUCUUUUGUAUGGUUCUAAGUCAGACCAGGUCACCAACUUGCAGUGGCACAGAAUUACGUCCACAGCAGCUGCAGUCAAGAGCGAGAGUAAAAGAGGUCGAGAGUCUCCGCCACGCGAGAUGGAACGGCGUAAGCACCAUGUUGAAGCUGAGCCAAGUGUUCUGCACUCACAUGCGAGUAAAGAAUCCGAUGCCAGUUCGACACCGUACGAGGAUCUGAGGGUAGGUUUGCGUAACUUGCAGCUCGGUUUCACUUCCACGGCUCGAGAGAACACGCCGGCCACCAUCUUCAAGACCAGGGAGUACGGGACAAACGUGGACAGGCAUCUUUUCCGGGGUGCGAAUGUGCACACGUGGAGCCACGCGGAGGACCGUCACCAGUUCGCGCGCUACAGGGGCAAGAUUCCGGCAACGUCGUGGCCGAGGUGCCCUCCCGAGCUCCGUCGGACGGGCGGGAAGUGGAGCGAGUGGCGAGACUCAUAUGAGCCCCUGAGCCUGGUGGAGAAGCCCUACGCAAGCCACUCGCGCUCCCCCAGCCGUAGUUCCGGGUACGGGUCCCUGGCCAGCCGGUCCUCUGGGACCGCCCCAGACCACGCGGGUCGAGGGUUGUCCCCUCCCAGGUGGGACUGCCUGGGCCGGACCCCCACCCCUGAGACCGCGUCGAGCUGGGACGUGACGGGACGCCUCGUCUCCGCCCAGAGCGUGUACCUGGGACCGCCGUACGUGUACUACGUGUUCCCGCACGUCCUGUACCCCUCCCCUCACGCCGUGCCCGCCCCCCCGCCAGUCUGGGGCGUGCAGACUUACCCCCACGCGAGCGGGGCGGCUCGGUGGGGCCGAGACACUGGCGGCGGGUACUUGCUGUGCUGCGAAAUAGCGGCGUACGUCGGCGCCGCUCUGUUCCUGGCGUACUCUGUCUUCUACGGCAAACACGUGUUGUUGCUGGAAGGCAGCUGAGCUGAGCGAAGGUGUGCCUGUUGCGUAUGUAGAAGUGGCCGUUUCGUUUCAACUGUUUGAGCUUUGUCAUCAACCAUUUGAGUUUUGUUUUAAAUUAGUCUAGUGUGUUCACAUUCACCUUGGGUAAUUUGUGUUUAUCUCUGACUUUUUUUUAUACAACUUUUUUAUGUCUUCUUACAGCGGAAAACUUGCAUACAUUAAUAAAGUAAUGGCAUAGUCCAUUACGUGUUCAGUCUGUUCAUGCAAACACUUGUACUGCACCAGUGGGUUUGUUUUAAAGUUCACGAAAUGUUUUUGAAUCAUGUUUAGGCAGCCACUUCACUCUGGCCAAGUAUGGAGUAAUUUAUUUAUAUCCAGGAAUAUAAAUCUUGAAUGCAAAUUAUGGGUAUAAGUUUUCCUCAGUGCCAUUUGUUAAUGUAAUUAUAAAUUUCGGAGGAAAUAAUUUCAAACUGUUGUUGACACUUAAUUUUUGGUUUUCAAUACUUAUGUAGUUGAAAGUAGAUGUGACUUUUUUUAUUUAUUAACUGUUUUUUGUAUUUAUUAUCACUUUUUUUAAUACAAUUUUAAGUUCUCUCUAACUUAUACUUUUCACUGUUUGAAUCACAGUCCUUGACAAACCCAACUUGUAAAUAAUAUUGAACAAAGGCAAAUUUGAUGCCUGCCCCGUGGUAAAUGUGUCAGAAUUGUGUUAUUUGAUUGUCUUGUAUGGUAGUUUGUGUAAUAUUUAGAUACGUAGUACAGCCAGGCCUAAAUUUUACGGACUCUCAAUCUCAAGCAGUAAUUAAUAUAAAGGAAUAAGCAGGAAGGUACUAAUUGUGCAACAGGUGGUAGCCCAUUGAUACACUACCAACAAAACUUUAAUUGAUUUUUGUUUAUUUUCAAAGUAGUGGUAAGGUUCGAAUCAUUUGGCUGUCAACUCGGUGCUUAUUCAUUUUAUUUUGGUUACGAGUUUGACACUUUAGUGAUCACAGCCACAAAGAGACAGAUGGUUCUAAAAAGUGGUGAAUUAUAACAUUUUUUUCUAUCAAUUAUGUAUUUGCUACUAGGUAUGUAUAUUGACAUUUGUAGUUCUUAUUCUAACAAUUCUGAAAUUUUGGUGUUCCUGUUUCCAAGCAUGUACAUUAAUUCUCUCUUCUUUUAAUUAAUUAAUCUCCGUCGCCCAAAUUUAUCACUAUGGUUUUUAGUUAUAAAAAAUUUGAAUUAAUACAAAACAUUUGCUAAAUAAUUAAGGUUUGGCUGUACAUAAUGUGAUGUUACCUUUGAAAUAUAUUACGUAUAAAAAGCUUUUAAGUACUAUUAGUGUGAUUGUAAAUACCGUGGAAUGGGGUUACUUUGAUAUUGAGGGGUUUCUUUGAUCAGGUGCUACUCAUUUUAAAUUGGCUCCAUAACAUUGCCAAACAGUUUAAUGCAGUGUUGCUUUCAUAGUAGAUGGCAGCACAAGUAUUUUCUAGGUCAUAAUAACAUUUCUUGGUGCCAUUUUGUUUUUGUUUUUUUAAUGGAAUGCCUAUUUGUUGAUGAGAGCAAGUUCAUACAUUAAUUUUUGUCCCAAAAAGUGUAAGUAUUGUAAAUACUGCUAGCUUGUUCUCACUGUUUUAAGAGUUUAAAUGUUUAAUGUAUAGUAUAUGUGUUAUAGUUUUGUGGUUUGUACAAAUUUAUGCAUACCCAUAUGUUUAUUAUAACCUAUAAUUUAUUGUGGGGUUACUUUGAUCACUUUAGUUUGAAGACAAGUACAAAUUGUACCUACUUACUGUACUUUUGUAAACAUAAUAUUUAAACCAUGUAAGCAUUAUUACACAUAUUUUUGUUCAAUGUUAAAAUAAUGAAACAAAUAGGCUUUAAAAUAAAAAUAGUAAAAUAGUAUUACCAAGAACUGGGUGUGGUAAAAAUAAGAAUGUCUAUGUACUGGUAUGGUAUCUACUUUCAGGUUCCAACUUUAAUCUGGCUACAGGGCUUUUUUUCAUAAGUUCAAGCCAAAACAGGCAAGAUGCCUCGUGAUUAUAAAAGGAAGUUAGGAUCUAGGUGCUACCAAAACUACACAGAAUUGAAGUUAGAAGAGGCUUUAGAAGCAGUUGCUGAUAAUAAGAUGUCAUUACGCCAAGCUUCAAGGGAGUUCAACAUUUCUUAUGGUACUUUACACAAUAAGUUUAAUAGAAAGCAUGGAGGUAAGCCUGGGUGAAGAAUAGUGUUUUCCGAAAUUGAAGAACUGGCUAUUAUUAAUGGGCUUCUUACGUGUAGUGACUGGGGUUUUCCACUGUGUGUCCAAGAUGUGCAGAUGUUUACUAAAAUGCAUUUAGAUCUUGAAGGGCGCAUUGAACCAAGAUUUCAGAAUAAUGUGCCUGGAAAGGAUUGGGUCCUGUCUUUAUUAAAGCGACAUAAAGAUAAAGUAGGCCAAAGAAUGGCAUCAAAUUUAAAAACCUCAAAGGCAGAAGUUUCCCGGGAAAUACUUAACGAGUAUUUUAAAAAUCUUGAUGAAACUCUGAAGGAUGUUCCACCAUGUAACAUUUUCAAUUAUGACGAGACCAAUGUUUCUGACGAUCCUGGUAAGAUGAAGGGAAUUUACAGAAGAGGUGUAAAAUAUCCAGUUAAAAUCUGCAAUCACUCUAAAUCUGCAACAACUGUAUUGAUGUGUGGUUCUGCUUCCGGAAUACUGUUGCCACCUUACAUUAUUUAUAGGAGUGAAGGAAUUUAUGACACAUGGAAAGAAGGAGGGUUGAAAGGCAAACCUUGCUGUUCAGAUUCAUGUUGCUCGAGGGGCUUUCGAUACAACAGAACCAAGCAUGGUUGGAUUGAUUCUGCUACAUUCCAUGAUUGGUUUAUUUCCACAUUUCUACCUCAUGCAAAAAGGUUGGAAGGAAAAGUUAUUUUAAUUGGUGAUAAUCUCUCCUCCCACUUCAAUGAAAAUGUCCUACAAUUAUGCAAGGUGAAUAAUAUUCAUUUUGUUUGUUUGCCACCAAAUGCUACACAUCUAUGUCAGCCGUUAGAUGUGUCCUUCUUCCGUGCCUUCAAAGUAGCAUGGCGUCAUGAGCUGACAGUUUGGAAACAAAAUCAUCCGAGAGUAGGUGUGCUACCCAAACAUGUUUUCCCAUCACUUUUGACUUCAGCAAUCCAGAAGAUGAACAGUGUGGUGCCCAGAAAUCCCACUUACAUAAAGAAUGGUGUGUCGAGAAAUCUGGUCAGUGGAUUUAAAGCUACCGGUAUUGCACCUUUCAACCCUAAUUAUGUUCUGGACAAAUUUCCUUUGGAUGCCAAUCCUGAUGAUGUCCAGAAAGGAAUAAAUGAAAGUUUGGUGGCAUUCCUACAAAAACAGAGAGAAGGUGGACCUGUCAGGAUUCCGAGAAAGAAGAAACUCACUGUCACACCGGGCAAAAGUGUAGUAGCAAGCUCUUCGGAAGAUAGUGAUGACAACGAGAAAUUGGUGUCUUCUAGUGGGAGUGAAAGUGAUGAGCACUGUGAGGAAGAGGAGGUUUUUUUGGAACCAGUCUUAAGUGAUGAUAUUUGUCCUGGCCAGUAUGCCCUGGUAAAAUUCUACGGAGGAUCACGAAAAAAAAACUGUUUUUAGGUAUGCAUGUAUCAUCCAGGAAGUCAAUAAUAUGGAUAUUAAGGUAAUGGGAAUGAAAAGUGUGGAUAAUGGGAAGAAAUUGUUCAAGGCAAUGGAGAAUGAUAUUUCAAGCAUUACAAAAGAAGAUAUUCUCGGAUAUUUACCGAUUCCAAAAAUUCAUAUCGCAGGGCAAAGAGUACUGUAUGACUUUGCAGCAGUGGUGGAUGUGAAAGAAAGUUAAACUAUGUCUUCAUUUGUUAGAUAUUCGUAAUGUUAUGCUAGUUCUAUGUUUUAUUUUCCAGCAUUCAUGGAAUACAUAAUUAAUCUGAAAGUAGGACAGUGUGCCUUGGAUAUCUUAUGUGAAGCACCACAAAAUAAAACUUUUCAUACAGUAUGUUUGUGUGUUAGCAGGAAGUUAAUUAUAAUGUCAUUUUGAGCUAAGAUAGAAACUGUGGCUAUUAGGAAGAAGUUAAGACAGUAGAGAGCAUUAUUGCAUGGAUAAAAAAAGGACAGUUGUGGAUUAUUACUAACCCCACAUAUUUUUAACAGUGGGGCAAUCAGUUUGCAGUAGAAGUGGAUAUGAAAGAACAUUGAAUUGCAGUUGUAAUGAUAAUGGAUUUUUAUAUAUUUGUAUAGAAAAAGUAGAAUAAAAAUCAAAUGUUUACUUUUGCUGAAGUGUGUGAUCAAAGUAACCCCCACAACAUAAAAUUAUAUUGUGAAGAAACUAUCAAUUAUAUUCUCAUGGGGGUUACUUUGAUCUACUCCAUAGGCUUUAACCUUACUUUCUGUGUAGUUAACCUCAUAGUGAUCAAAGUAACCCCAAACCAGGUGUAUCAUUGAUCACACACUUAAUAAGCUGUAUCAUUGAAAAAAAUAUUAAUUAAGUGAAUAACCAAAUUUUAAUAAAAAGUACUUGUAUGGCUACACCAAAAAAUAAUUAUUUAAUUCCCUUAAAUAAAAUACUUUUUAUAUGGAAAUGAGAACAAAGGGGACAUGUGAUCAAAGUAACCCCAUUCCACGGUAUGUAAUGAGGUUUUUGUUUAUAAAAUUGACUUGUUAGGAUACUAAAUGUUUGUUGGUUUAUACAUGGUCUUCUUUAGCUGUUGAAAUUUUAUUUAAGAUUACCUUUGUUAGCAUGCAGAUAGUGUGCAUUCUAUGUAUAGUCAUGUCUCAUAAGCAUGAGUUUUAAUAAAGAUUUACUGAGUAGCAGAAUUUAGGCUUGACAACAUGCCAUUAAGUAAUGAGUCUUCGUCGAGUUCAGUGGAUUGUCUCCAGUGUCUAGAUCAAACAGAGAGCCCGUGAUAUGUUUGAAAAACUUUUACAAAAAAUGUUUUUUUAUUAUUUUAUAAACUGGCAAAAAUUUCUUCUGUCUACAAUGAUUUACUUUUACAAAGGAUCUUUUGUCUGUGAAUAACAUGUAUGGCAACAGAUACAUGUAUCACCGUCGACCCUUUUCCUCACCAUAGGGUUUGUUUAUUUCACUUUCAAUUUUCCAUUUUCUAGCAAACUGUGUAUCAUAUCACUAGAGAUGAGCGAGCCACUACCGGAGAUAUGAAUUGAAAGGGGUUGAAAUGCAGGAGAGAAAUAAUUACAAGUGGGGGAUAAGAAUGUAAAUGUACUGAAAUCAUUGAGAGGCAUGGGAAAGCACUGUUUUUUCUCUUCGACCACGCCACCAUGAAUGAAAGAGAUGUUUCUAAAAUUAUGAAUUGUGAUAAAUGUAUUGAUCUUUACUCAAAAUUUUUUUAAGCAAAGUUUUCAUUUAUUAUUUGUCUACCUUUAAUAAGCUGGACAUGAAAUAUCUUGUAUGCCGUAAUGUUUCUUUCUGUGUUCAGGUAACUUGCAUGUGUCUAACUGAACCUGCUGGCAUCUUCUUCACAUAGUUUUUGGUUCACACACUUUACUCUCUGCUCAAAUCCCUACUGCAGUGACAGUUGCGAUUCACAGUGUGUUUGCAGAUUCAUUGACUUUGCAGUUUUACCAACGAAUAGGAGAAGUCCGUGUGAAAUAUUCCCAUGAAUUAGUGCAUUUUACUGAUGUAAAUUUACAGUGUUUCGUUAAUUCGACAGCUGAAUGUUCUGUUAUUUCUGAGGGGGGAAAACUGAUGGACAGCUGGCUAGCAUAGUUCCUGAGAAAUCAGAUUUGUUGUUUAAAGAACUGGAUAUUGCCUUGCAUUUGUUUUUGGAAUGGAGUUGUUAUUGCUUUUGUGUUUGUUUUAAUUUUUAGUGAUUAGAUAGAUUGCCUCAAUUUCUUUAUAUUUGAUGAAGAAAUGCUGUGUUCCUUGCUUUUUCUUAAUUCCGAUCUGUUGAGAGAUGUGCCCUUAAAAUCUCCUCUGAAUGGCGAUAUUAUCCACAAUAUGUACCAUCAAUUUCAGUACCUAGUACAAAUAACAGAAAGACACGCACACUGCCAUGUUUGUAUAUUCCUUAAGUAACUGAACAAAAUAUCUUGUGACAAUGUAUGUUACAUCAUUGAACUGUUUUCAUAGAUGAGACUGCUUUUUUUUUUUUUUACGGUAUGUGAAUUUUGGAUUUUGUUUCAUGGUAAACUGUUCUUCCAAUGUGCCGAAGUAAUGUGGAUUAAUAUGAGUUGAGGCUACCUCAUAUUUGUUUUAAAACUUGCUAAAAAAUUUUUUUAAAUUAAUGUUUAGGACAAUAUUGUUGUGUUUUAACAUUUUGUGAAAAAAAGUUCUGGAAAAUAAAUUUUUUGUAAAGGGUGAAA